UCAUCUUUGCAAGCCUAUAUAUAUACUUUACUCAGUUACCAAGUUUAUCAUUCUGAGUAAGGGAGAGGAGAAAAUAUGGAGGUUCCUGUGAUAGAUUUUAAUGGGCUAGAUGGUGAGAAGAGGAGUGAAACAAUGGCGCUAUUGCACCGGGCUUGUGAGAAGUUUGGGUUUUUCAUGAUAGCAAACCAUGGAAUAAACGAGCAACUGAUGCAGAAGGUGAAGCAAUUAGUCAAUUUGCACUAUGAGAAGUGUAUGAAGAAAAGCUUCUAUGACACUGAGAUGGCUAAGGUCUUGGACAACCAAAGUACAGCAUCAGAAAUGGACUGGGAAAGCAGUUUUUUCAUUUGGCAUAGGCCCACAUCAAACAUGGAUGAGUUUCCAAACCUCUCAAAGGAACUUUGUGAAGCAAUGGACGAAUACAUUAUCCAGGUGAUUAAGUUCGCAGAGAAACUUUCAGAACUCAUGUGCGAGAAUCUGGGUUUGGAAAGCAGCUACAUUAAGAAGGCAUUCUCAGGAGUUGCAGGUCCUUCAGUGGGGACAAAGGUGGCAAAGUAUCCUGAAUGUCCUAGACCUGAACUUGUAAAGGGACUCCGGGAGCACACAGAUGCAGGAGGAAUCAUUCUCUUGCUCCAAGAUGACCAAGUCCCGGGUCUUGAAUUCUUGAAAGAUGGAGAAUGGGUAGAGAUUCCACCUUCCAAGAACAAUACCAUGUUCGUAAACACAGGUGAUCAGGUGGAAGUGUUGACCAAUGGCAGAUAUAAGAGUGCCUUGCACUGUGUCAAGGCUGACAAGAAUGGCAGUAGACUCUCCAUUGCUUCUUUCUACAACCCUACUGGUGAUGCGAUAAUUUCUCCAGCUCCCAAGCUCCUAUAUCCCAACCACUACCGUUUUCAAGACUACCUCGAUCUUUAUGCCACGACCAAGUUCUCAGAUAAGGGCCCCAGACUGGAAUCCAUGAAGAAGAUGGCCAAUGGGGGACCAUAGUCUUCUUGUCUGAAAGUAACAGUUACU